AUGCAGAUUAUAAAACUUUUUAAGUUUAAUGAAUACACAUUUAUUUUUACAUUAACAUUGUUUUCUAUUUUAGGUAUUACAUAUUUGAGAGAUUAUCUUCAUUUGCCUCCUGAAAUUGUUCCUUCAACUCUUCGACGACAGACAACAAGAGCAGAAACUGCUAGGCCCAGACCCAAAGGUAUGGACUCUGGACCUCGUGGCCCUGACUCCUCUGACCGUGAUACAUACAGAAGAGGACCCCCAGGGGGAGACCCCAAGGGAGGUGCUGGUACUGAUUUCAAGCCUGAAUUUAGAGGAGGAUAUGGUCGUGGACGUCCAGGAGGAGGAUUUGGUGCCCCACCACCUCAAUAAAUAACCCAAUAAAUGCAGAUUAUUGCUUAGAA